UUCCAUUUCCGCUCGUUUUACAGGCUGCUCAGACAAAGCUCAGACCAGCGCCGCCGCCGGCCGGCCGGAGUCCGACCCCCGAUCGAGGUAGGCAGCCAGCCCCCUCCCGAGACCCGGCCGUCCGCGACCUCGUCUCCGCUGCCGCUCGUGCUCCCCAGACCAGCGCAACGGCGCGAGGUCAAACCCACGCCCCAAAACCCCAAGGGAGGGCCUCCUCCCUCCCCAAUGCUCCCACCCCUCCUCCUCCGCCCCAAGUCAACCCCUGCCUCCCCACGCCCAUGGCUCCGCUCCCCCUCCCCCUCCUCCUCCUCGCGCUCGCCGGCCUCGCCGUCGCCGCCGCCCAGCCCGGCCAGCCUUUCCCCCCGUCUCCGCAGCAGUCCACCGACGCCUCCGACGCGGCCGCCCUGCUCGCGGUGUUCCAGCGGUGGGGUCUCCGGUACGGCCCGACGGCGAGCCCGGGGGACCCGUGCGGGACGCGGGACUGGCCCGGGUCCUUCGCGAGGAACGCGUCCGUCGGCUGCCGCUGCGACGGCUCGCCCGUGUGCCGCAUCACGCACCUGAACGUCACCGGAUUCUCGAAUCUGACCGGGAUCCCGCCGGAGCUCUUCAGCUUGACGGAGCUGGUCUCUCUGGAUUUGAGCAAUAACAACUUAAGUGGUUCUAUACCUCAAGAAGUUGCCAAUCUCUCCAAACUACAAACAUGGCACUUCAACAACAACAAACUCAGUGGGCUUUUACCUAAUGAAUCUUCACGUUUGGGGAGUCUUCAAUCCCUGUGGAUGUUCGAUAAUUACAUUGAAGGGCAACUUCCAGAAUUUAUUGCGAAUUUUACCAAUAUCAUAGAUCUGAGAAUAUAUGGAACGAAACUUCGAGGGCCUAUUCCAAAAAACUUCUCUAAGUUGACCAAUCUGAAAAUUCUGAUGCUUGGUGAUCUUGAUGGUGGAAAUUCUACUUUCGAUUUCAUAGCAGAUGGGGCAAAUAUUUCAAUAUUAUCACUGAGAAAAUGUGGAAUUGGCCAGUUUCCUAGUAACCCCCCAAAUCUACCCAAUCUAACAUACCUAGAUUUGAGGUCAAACAAUUUAUCAAGCUCAAUAGAACCAUUGCGUCGUUAUGGGAGAUUAAGCUACCUAUAUAUGGGUGAAAACAACUUUAGUGGACCUCUGCCUUCUGAAAUGUUUCAAUCAUCCCGUGGUUUGGAUGUUUCUUAUAACCCUUUACUUAAUGGAAACCUUCCUAACAACCCCCCUGAUCGCAAGUGGUCAAUAAACUAUAUCGGGACUUCAAUUGAUGCAAGCAGAACAAUUAACAGUGAGAACCUUACUCUCCUCAAUUGUCUCCACAUGAAAGAAUGCAACAAGUUCAACACUAAACCAAUAACUUCAUUCGCUGUAAACUGUGGCGGCAAGCAAAGGAUUUCUUCAGAUCCAUUGCCAAUUACGUUUGACGAUGACACCAGUAUCCUUGGGGCAGCAGGCUUUCAUGUUAAUACUGACAGGCAAUGGAUAGUUAGCCAUGUGGGUUCUGAUCCUUUUACUAACUCUUCUGGACCCGGUACCAUAAGUACAACUCAAGUUAUUCUGGGGACAGACAUGCCUGAUCUCUAUGAAACUGCAAGGACAUCAACAAGUGCUUUGUCGUACUAUGCGGUUGGUUUGUUGAAUGGGAAAUAUACAGUUCAACUCUUCUUCGCAGAGAUACUUAUUGAUAGCCAGUUAAAUAAUGGGACAGGAAGGCGCUUGUUUAACAUUGAUAUUCAGGAUCAGAAUAUCAAGAGAGAUUUUGACAUUACUAAGGAAGCAGGGGGGUUCGGGAGACCCACAAACAUAACUCGUGAAGUGACUGUGGAUAACUCAGUACUUAAGAUACAUCUGUAUUGGAGUGGACGAGGCACAUGCUGUAUUCCAUAUGAAGGAGCUUAUGGGCCUCUGGUGUCAGCAAUAAGAGUUUUUCGUCCUGAAAAGCCGAACAACAGCCCCCCACCAGCACGGCCAGUGUCUGCGCCAAGUAAUGAUGACAAGCGAAGAGGAGUGGUUGCAGGCAUUGCAGCCCUGUGUAUAGCUGGGGCGGUGAUCUCUUCGUCCGUCGUUUACCUCUGGUGGAAAUGGGUUGCGAUGUGAAUUAGCCUAUGUACUGUAUCAUAUCUUCCCGGAGCUUGGUUGGGGAACAUGGACGCCUGUACAGGAAACUGCCGCGUAGCAUGAAGAGGAGGGCAACAUUGGUGUACAGUUCGGUUUACGGUCAGGAUUUUAGGUCUGUAGCUUUGUUUUGUUUUCCACCCGUCGAUUAUAACUUGUAAGGACCACUCUAGUCAUCUCCAUUCUUUAUUUGUUCGUUCAAACUUAUUUCCAUGUAGUGCUGCCUUGUUGAAUGAGUAAUUAACACCUUGAGGUGUUCUUUGGAA